AUGAAACUGCGGUCGAGCAGCCACCCUUCCAUUAUGCAACUUGUGAGCCAAACUUGCAUCAGUGCUGCGGCAGAGCAGCUCCUGGGCUCCGGCAGGGUCAUGGCGCCCGGCUCAGGACAGCUCGCGGUACGCUUUCCUGUCGUAGAUCGCUUGGAGAAGGUGAACGGUGAGCUCACAGAGGCAUCAUUGCAAGUGGUACACCGUGACUACAGCAGAGAUCACUUCCACAUCGACGGCACAGGCAAGGAGUCUCCGUUGCCCUUCAGCCUCCUUUGCAAGGUGGCCCUUUCGGACCAAACUGCUCCGCACCGUGGGAACUUCACCAUCUUUCCGGGCUCGCAUCGCAGGCCAGAGGUAAUCGAUUGGCAUUUCUCGCAAAUCCGUAAAAGCCGGGUCCAUGAGCACAAACGACCAGAUGCGGGUGAGCCACUGCAAGUGCAGCUUGCUGUGGGCGACGCUGUCAUGGUGCACCCAUAUCUUUGCCACCGCAUCGGUACCAACACUUCACCGCAUGUGCGCUACAGUGUCAUCUUCAGAUUUCGGACAAGGGAGUUUCUCACAAACAUUUCCAAGCCGGAAUUACUUAGGCAGAACCCAAUGUUGGAAUUUGAUUGGUUCGCGCAUGAUGGAGGCUACAACGCAGAUGACCAAGGACGCGAAGACAAGACCAAGCAACAGAAAAUUGUCUGA